UUUUCCCCUUCUAACAUAAUCGUUCGAGUGCAUUCGGGUGCAAAUUGAAGCAAUUGCAGGAGAAAUUUUGGUGCCACAGUCCUAGUAAACGCUUCCUACGUUUUAUUCUAUAUUACGUGUUUUUUUUUUUUUAAUUUGAGGGGAGUCAUGCAGCAACCUAAGAAACGAGUCUGCUACUAUUACGAUAGUGAUAUUGGAAAUUAUUAUUAUGGUCAAGGACAUCCUAUGAAACCUCAUCGUAUAAAGAUGACGCACAAUCUACUCUUGAAUUAUGGUCUUUAUAGAAAGAUGGAAAUAUAUCGGCCUCAUAAAGCUACGCAAGAAGAAAUGACAAAGUUUCAUAGUGACGAUUAUAUCCGAUUUUUGAGAUCCAUAAGGCCAGAUAAUAUGACAGAAUACAAUAAACAAAUGCAACGAUUUAAUGUAGGAGAAGAUUGUCCUGUCUUUGAUGGCUUAUAUGAGUUUUGUCAAUUAUCGGCUGGUGGAUCUGUUGCUGCCGCUGUAAAACUCAACAAACAAGCCUCAGAAAUCUGCAUCAAUUGGGGCGGUGGCUUGCAUCACGCGAAAAAGAGCGAAGCAUCAGGUUUCUGCUACGUAAACGACAUUGUACUCGGAAUUUUGGAACUGCUAAAAUAUCAUCAAAGAGUUUUGUACAUUGAUAUCGAUGUUCAUCAUGGCGAUGGUGUGGAAGAAGCUUUUUAUACAACAGAUAGAGUAAUGACAGUCUCAUUUCACAAAUAUGGCGAAUAUUUUCCUGGAACUGGAGAUCUCCGUGAUAUUGGGGCAGGAAAAGGAAAAUAUUAUGCUGUUAACAUACCUUUGAGAGAUGGUAUGGAUGAUGAAAGCUACGAAUCAAUAUUUGUUCCUAUUAUUUCAAAAGUAAUGGAAACUUUUCAACCCUCUGCUGUCGUUUUGCAAUGUGGUGCAGAUUCAUUGACUGGCGAUCGAUUGGGAUGUUUUAACUUGACUGUAAGGGGUCAUGGUAAAUGCGUAGAAUUUGUAAAAAGGUAUAAUUUACCCUUUUUAAUGGUAGGAGGUGGUGGUUACACAAUUAGAAAUGUAUCCAGAUGUUGGACUUAUGAAACGUCUGUAGCUCUGGGAUCUGAAAUUGCGAAUGAACUUCCAUAUAAUGAUUAUUUUGAGUACUUUGGUCCUGAUUUUAAACUACACAUUAGUCCUUCAAAUAUGACAAAUCAAAACACUCCCGAAUAUCUUGAGAAGAUUAAAACGAGAUUAUUUGAAAACCUAAGAAUGUUACCUCAUGCGCCUGGUGUGCAAGUUCAGGCAAUUCCAGAGGAUGGUGCUAUUGUCGAUGUUUUUGAACCAGAAGAAAAGAUGAAUCUUGAUGAAAGACUAUCUCAACAUGACUUGGACAAGAGGAUACAACAUGAAAAUGAAUACAGUGACAGUGAAGAUGAAGGAGAAGGUGGACGAAGAGAUAACAGAUCAUAUAAAGGAACUAAGAAGCGACCACGUUUAGAAAAAGGCCAGGAUGUGGAUUUGCAUAUCAUGAACAUUAAUAUGAAAAAAGAAGAUGAUAUCAAAUUGGAAUCAAAAGGAAAUGAUAAAGAUGAGAAAACAAAUCUGCAUAAUGAAGAAAUCAAGAAAGAUAGUGGGGCUAAUCUCUGAUAAAUAAUUGUUUCAGCAUAUCCGCAAGAGUACAAAAGCCUCUAUUAAAAAAUUAGAUGUAGAUAAUGUGCUGG